GAGAGCUUUGAGUGAAACGCGUUUUCCUCCAAAUCUGUUGCUGUGUUUUAUCCUUGCCCGCUGCAGUAUCGCGAGCCGCAGAAUGCGUGGAGGGAACCCUUUCAAACGCACGUUCGAACGUUUUCUUUGACACCACCAAUUAUUCUGUUUGUUUUAAAUCAGCUACUGUUUACCCCGUCUUGCGCUGAUAUUUUUAUUAGAACCAUGAACAGUUUGUGGGGACCGCCCGAUUUAGUAGUACCUUUGGAAUGGUGGGCAUCAAGCAGUCGAGGAAUGGAGAGCUUCUAAAAACUGAUGGAGUUGGGGAUUUAUUGCAAAAUACGGGAAAGAUGACCGUCUUCUCAUUGUGUUUCCUCUUGUGCGCGGAUCUACUUGAUUUAGCCGUUGGAUAUUUGACAGUCACCAUCGAACCCCUCCCAGCUGUUGUUGUCGGAGACACAGUGACACUGAAAUGCAACUUUAAGACAGAUGGCAGGCUGCGAGAGAUCGUCUGGUUUCGGGUUACAGAGGGGGGCACCAUUAAGCAGAAGAUCUUCACUUACGAUGCCAUGUUCAAUACCAAUUACUCUCACAUGGAGGAUUACCGAAGGCGUGAAGACCUUGUUUACCAAUCCACUGUCCGGCUUCCGGAGGUGCGAAUCGCGGACAACGGGCCGUACGAAUGCCACGUGGGCAUCUACGACCGGGCAACCAGAGAAAAGGUUGUCCUGGCAUCGGGGAGCGUCUUUCUGGAUGUGAUGGCGCCCCCUCUGUCCAUCUCAGUUGUUGCAGCAGACACUCCAGCACCGUUCAGUCGCUACCGGGCUCAGAAUUUCACGCUGAUGUGCAUUGUGUCCGGAGGAAAGCCCGCCCCAGUGGUGUACUUCAAACGGGACGGGGAGGUGAUCGAAGUAAUACCGUACACCGAGAGCGAGGGCGGGGGCGGGGGCGGGGGCGAGGGCAGGGGUUUCGCCGGAGUCAGGGGCCCCAGGCCAUUGAUCAGCCGGGACCUGGACGACACCAAACUGCGCAAGUCUCUCUCCCUCCUGGACGCGGACGGCAAGCCGGGGCGGCUGCACACGGAGAGCCCCUCCCACGGCCGCGCCCCGGGGCCGGAGCCCAGCCCCGCCACCGAGGCCAUCCCGGAGACGGUGGUGAGCCGCGAGUUCCCCCGCUGGGUGCAGAGCAGCGACCCGCUCUACUACUUCCACAACACGCUGGUCCCGCUGAAGAACGGGACGUCCGAGGUACGGGCCAUGCUCACCUGGACCCUCAACCCCCAGCUAGACAACGACGCCCUGUUCAGCUGCGAGGUCAAGCACCCUGCCCUGUCCAUGCCCAUGCAGGCCGAGGUCACGCUGGCGGCUCCCAGGGGCCCUAGGCUCUCAAUGACCCCCACCAGGGCGAAGGUAGGGGACACAGUCCGCAUCGCCGUCCAAGGCUUCCAGGUAGGAUCAGCCGGGAAUGAAGUUUUUCCUGAACCUCUGUUCACCUGGACCCGGGUCGGGGGUCGCCUCCUGGACGGGAGCGCGGAGAAGGACGGGAGCGAGCUGGUUCUGGAUCGCGUGCCCGCCGAGCUCAACGGGUCCAUGUACCGCUGCACGGCCCAGAAUCCCCUGGGCUCCACGGACACCCACACGCGGCUCAUCGUCUUCGAAAAUCCAAGUAUGAGGAAAGGAGCACCGAAUCAAAGCAACGCAGCCUCCUCCAGCGGCAUCGCGGGACUGACAGUGGCGGUGGCGGCCAUCUUAACAGUGACUCUGGCGGUGACGUGAGCUCCCCACGCCGACGGAGCGCUUUUCAGCCCUUUCUCUGGACUCCGCCCCGCUCAGCCCUUCCUUCGUCUGCCCAUCCGUCAAUCUGUCCAUCUGUCUGCCAGGAUGCAACACAAACCCCCAGAGAGCCCUCCUCAGAUUAUUAUUAUUAUUAUUAUUUUUUGAAUGGAAAAGAAAGAGUGGAAAAACAGACAGAAAUCAUGAAGAGCAAGAUAAGGAAGGCCUCGUUCCGCAACACAAGUCCCCAGAAAGCCCUCCUCAGAUUAUUAUUUUUAUUUUUAUUUUUUGAAUGGAAAAGAAAGAAAGGAAAAAAGGACAGAAAUCAAGAAGAGCAAGAAAGGGAAGGCCUCGUUCCAGCCUCCCGUCCUUCAGGCCGUCCCUCACCUGUCUCUCCUCAUCUCGCAGUGAACAUCAGUUCUGUCAGAAAAAGAAAAGAGAAACAGCUUGAGCUUGGCUUUGUUUUAUCGUUAAUCGCGGUGACAUUUGUCUUGUACUGUUUCUUUUUCUUUUUUGCUUUGUUUUUUGUUAUUUUUCCCUUUAUUUCUUCGUUUAAGGUAUUCCCUUCAGUGCUGUGGGCUGGCCCACAAUGUCGACCACUCCCAUGCAGUUACGUUGCUGUCCCUACUGUAUACUAUGCAGACUUUAGUAGACUGAAGGCAUACGUGUCACAACACUGUCAUGGUUACAUACUGUUGUCUUGUUUAUAUUUUUAUUUUAUUUUUUAAAAGUGAUUCAUGAUUGGGAUUACCAAGAAGAUUAUACUCAAAACUGUGAUAGUGUUAUUUUCCAGGUAGAUGAGCAGAAAUCUCCCUUUUUAAAUGUAUUUUGUGUACAUUUCUGUAAAUAAUUGAAAAAAAGAACAAAGGUUCAGGGCAGCAAAAGGGGAAGCAAGCUGACUUUUGCCUCAUGAUGAUAAAAGCUACCAACUUUAUUUCAUGUGAUGUUUAAAUGAAAAUCAACAUAGGUCAAAAAAUAAACACACAAAACUAGUUUUUUGUCUUUAUAAUUCACGUGUUUAAUACCUCAUAUCUGUAUGAUGGACAAAAAGCAUUACAGCUACUUGUUUAUUGGCUCUGA